UUCGUCGUUCAUUUCUCAGUUAGCUUCUCGACGAUCUAUUUUGUUUCCGCAUGUGAAACAAUAUCGUGAUCUACAAUAAGAAAUUCAUUCUUAAGAUCCUUCGAAGAUGUCACCUAACAGUACGAUAAACGCCGUAGAUAUGAGCGAGAAAAAGAGCGUAGACGAUCGUAAUCAUUCAUGUGUACAAAGUACCAAAUCGCCAGCCGAUUUCGAGACCGCCGUCUCCGCGACCGGAUAUGGCAAAUUUCAUAUUUUAUUAUAUCUAGCUUUAAUACCAGCUUCUUGGGCAUCGAGUUUCGAUACCGGCAAUAUAUCUCUCAUUCUUCCUGCCGCCGAAUGCGAUUUGCAAUUGAAGCUUAUUCACAAGGGAAUUUUAAACGCCGUAGUUUACAUCGGUAUGGUAUCGAGCGCAUUGGUAUGGGGAUAUCUCGCAGACGUGAAAGGUAGAAAAUCGAUUUUAAUUUAUGGUUUUCUGGCCGAUGGAAUUUGUAACGUGUUGUCAGGAUUUUCUCAAAAUUUUGGAACUCUCCUCUUCUUUAAAUUUCUCAGUGGAUUGAUAAUCAGCGGCCCUUACGCCGGAACGAUGUCUUAUAUUGCUGAGUUUUAUGGUGCCAAAGUCAGAUCGAGAAUCACUCUUAUUAUCGGCUUCACUGUUACGACUGGAUGCGUUGUAAAUUCAGGUCUUGCUUGGUUGGUGGUACCACAAGAUUGGUCUAUCGAACUUUGGGACGGUUACUUCAAAUACAAUUCUUGGAGAAUAUUUUUAUCAUUGUGCGGUGUCCCGACGUUGUUCGGUGUCUUUCUUUUAUCAUUUUUUCCGGAGAGUCCGAAGUUUCUUAUGAGUCAAGGACGUAAGGAGGAAGCUUUGAAGGUUUUCCAACAAAUUUAUAGAAUCAACACUGGCAGACCAGAGAAAGAUUAUCCCAUAAACGAAUUGGCCGACGAGUUCGAAGUAAAAAAUUCUACGGAGAAUUCUACGGGAGAUACGAUCGUUACGCAUAAGAAAUCAUUCAAAAGUGGUUUACUUCAAAUGAAACCUAUUUUCUUUAGACCACAUAUAUUCCGAUUGAGUUUGAUCCUGACUUUACAAUUUUGCAGCAUGCUCGCUCUCAACACGAUUCGAUUAUGGCAGCCGCAACUUUUCGCUAUAUUGCAGGACUUCAAUCCGAUCGAUUUCAAUAUCACCGAUCACGACCCAGCAUUUUGUGAGAUAUUGGACGCUGUCACUUAUCAAUCCGCACAAUCUCUACAAAAUAUGGAUUUAAGUGGCGAUAUUAUCGAAGUGGUCAAUUGUUCGAAAAUCGUGAUAUCCGAAAACAUGUAUAUAGAUUCGACGAUAGUUUCCAUCGCAGCGAUAGUUUUCCUCUUCAUAGCAAGCAUGUUCGUGACUUUGUUGGGUCACAAAAAUCUUUUAUACAUUUGUUACACGGUGUGCAUUUCAUCAUUGGUAACAAUGACUUGGUCAACGAGUUACAUGUUGACAUUGGUAUUGACCUGCCUCUUCGUCGGUAUAAUGAUGACAACAUUGAACAUUGUAAUAGGGGCCACUGUGCUCUUAUUCCCAACUUCAUUAAGAACCAUGGCAGUGAGUUUGGUAAUGAUGACAGGAAGAUCUGGAUCUCUGAUCGGCAAUGUCGUGUUUCCGGUGUUGCUCGAGUACGGAUGCAUAGCUCCGAUCAUGACGAUAGCUUGCUUUCCCCUACUUGGUAUCAUAUUAGCAUUUUUCAUACCGAACAAUAAGAAUAAAAGCGACAAGAACGUCGAGUCCGGAUCGUAAGUUGCGACGAUUGGGAUAAAAAAUAAAGGAAGAUAAAAGAGAGGAAUAAAUUACAAAAAGAAAAACAAAAAAAAAAAAAAAACAAAAAAAAAGAAAGAAAUAAACAAACAACUGAAAAAAGCAAAGGAGAAACAAAUCGCCAAAUCAUCGAAACGAUCGAAAGGGAUUUGUCUUGCCAAUCGUAACGAGCAAUAAAAUCAAUACGAUUAAGAUGAAAGUGAUCGAAGAAAACUGUGAACAGUUAAAAACUCGAACGAGGUCCGUACGAGAGGACGAACGAUAUUAAGUUGAGAAUGGAUUUUUUUUUUUUUGAUUGGCGAUCGACGAGCGUAGUAUUUUUUUUUUUUUUUUAUUCGUAUUAGAAGCGAGUCGAGACUCAGGAUCGAACAGAGGAAUACGAAUGGACACAAUGAGGAGAUUGAGAGCAGAGAGUGCAACACGUACGAACGGAGGCCUUGGGUUUCACUUUCGACACAUCCUGGAGAGCCCUCCAGCCUUCACCCACAUGCUCGCUCUCCUCUAUCCUUUUUCUACACCUUCUUCUUCUUCUUCUUCUUCUUCUUUUUCUUUUUCUUUUUCUUUUUAUUCAUCGUCUUCUUCUACUGUUUCUUUUUCUUAUUCUUAUUCUUCUUAUUUCGUUUAUUAAUCGUCUUUUUAUUCUUACUCUUUUUAUUCCUUUUAUCAAUCUUUUUGUUCUUGUCAUUCUUCUUAUUUUUUGUAUUAAUCGUCUCCUUCUUCUCUCUCUCUCUCUCUCUCUCUUUUUUUAUUUCUCGUCUUUUUCAACCUGUUUUAUUUCUUCUUCUUAUUCUUCUUACAUUUUUUAUUAAUCGUCUUUUUUCUUCUUACUCUUCCUAUUCUUUUUAUUAUUAUUUUUUUUUAUUAAUAGUCUUCUUCUUUUCCUUCCUCUUCUUCAUCGUCAUCCUAUAUCCUCUUUGGAAUCGCAAGUAAACAUUUUUCUAAUUCCAAUUGGAACUCGCUAUACUCGCUUGUAUAUAAAUGAUCGGCCAAAAUGUUCCUAAGUAACAUUAUAAAAAUUAAUUGCUAUUUUUUCUUUUUUUUUUUUUUUUUUUUUUUGACUAUAAAAUCAUGUACCUAGGAACUUUUGGAAGUUCCUUUUUUAUGUAUAUAUAUGUAUGUAUAUGAGAUAUAUAUUAUAUACGAGAUAGACGUAAGUUACAUAUUAUAAGUAUAUUAGAUUAUCUUUAGAAAUCGAUUAAGAAACGUUUGAAAAGCGAAUAUGAAUGUAUAGAGGUUACAUUUUUCUAGAAAUUUAUAGAGAGAUAGUAAUUACGUGUUUAUAUAUAUAUAUAUAUAUAUAUAUAUAUAUAUAUAUAUAUAUAUAUAUAUAUUAUAUACGAUCGCUCGGUCGAUUAUCUAAUUCAUCGAAAUCGUAUUAUAAUCGAUUAGAGAGAAAGAUCGAUUCGAAAAAAACGAGAAAAACAAUUUUCCGAUCCAUGGAUUGGAUAGAUCGUGGUAAUUGAUGAUUAAAAAUUUCUAGUCAAAGUAUAUCGUAUCGAUUCCCUUCUUCCCACUCUACCCCCCUUAUAUACGGCCCGCCCAUCCGACUCACUCUACCACCCAUGCGAAAUUAUACUUUACGAGACAGUUUUUUGAUCUCUUCUACGUUCUAAUCGUUUCCUAGAAAUUGUAAUUAAGUAGACAUCACGGAUGAAAUAAUAAUUCUAUUAUUAUGAUAGAUAACUACUAUUCGUUCUUUCGUUCGUUCGUUCGCAUGUAUAGUGAUUAGGAUAAAUUAAUUAAAAAAGAAAAAAUAAAAGAGUAAUAAUAAUAAGACAAAGGAAAAUAUUUGUGUUACAUCCAA